CUUUUCAGACCUAUAAAUGGACUCUCAUCUUCCUCCGCAGAAUCGCCUCUUUCUGACAAACUCUGCUGGAAACGUCGAGCGCCGCUGCAGUGCAUUAAGAUGUCAGACUUAGAGAACUGCCUGGGAACCAUCAUUGAAGUCUUCCACAAAUACUCGUCGAAAGAAGGAGACAAGUACAAAUUAAAAAAGAGCGAACUCAAGGAGCUGCUCACGCAUGAGUUUCCGACUCUCACUGAGCAAGUGAAAGACCAAGCAACAAUGGACAGUUUGAUGGAAAGUUUGGACACCGACGGCGACUCGGAGUGUGAUUUUCAGGAGUUCAUGACCUUCGUCACCAUGGUCACCAUCUGUUGCCAUGAGUUUUUCGAACACCACGAAGACGAAUGAGUCAAAAUAAAGAAAGUAGUUUUCGUAGUUUAAUGAGUCUCAAUACAUUUCUUCAGUAAACUUCACUUUGUUCACAUCGCAUUAGAAUUGUUUUAUUGUUGUUGUUUGUUUGGACAGAAUGUACAUGCAGCUUGUCUGACAAUUAAGCUUAUUUCUGCUAGACUCGAAAACCAGUUCGUAAUUUAUUACAAAGCAUGCUUCUAUUAUUUUGCCUAGACAUUUGUUCCAAGACAUGGCCAUCAUAAAUCUCAUCGAGUGAAAUGCGGAUCCAGGUGUUGUGCUCUUGUCAUUUCAAUUCCAGGCUGAUUGUGAAAUGUUUUUUUUUUCUUUCUGAUUAGCUUCAGACUAUUAGGCUGCUAUUGACUUUUGUCGGAUUGUUCCGGGGCCUUAGACAAAUCACACUGUGCUUUAAAAAGACCCACCAAAGCGAAUUAUUCCUCUGAGCAUCUUGUAUGAUGUUUAUGACCAUCCAUGAAUGAUGUGGAUUUGCAAAUCAAUCCCAUACACGAUGUUGGAAUGAAUGUUUAUCAUGUCUUAAAUGCCCUAUUAUUUGUGUUGACUUUUAGCUGUAACCUGCGAUAAUAGUCAACGUAUCGACCUUAUUCAUAAAAGAAAUAUGUGUGCCCUAGUUUACAUAUAUGAACAAUUUACACCAAAAUCCCAAUGAACAAAAUCC